AUCAAAAACAUAUAUUUAACAAAAAUAACCUUUAGUUCUAAUUUAUAUAUUCAUCUAUCUAUCUAAAAAUAAACUUAUUUUUAGUCUAAAAUACUAUAGUCUCUAGAUAGUCAAUUCGUCAUUGUCAAAUCUAAUUCACUAUUAACUCCUCUCUAAACUAGAGAAUCUUCUUUAACCCCCACACGUUCUCUAAUUCUAAUGGCACAAAGUAAUAAUCUCCACUAAUAUCCCCCACUACCUCAAAAAUCAACCGUUCACUCUGUCCCAUAAUAACCACAACUCCACACACACACUAAAACGUUACAAAACAUAACUAUCAAAUUCCAAAAGCAAACCUCUCUGGGAGAAAAGAAAAUCACAAAUGUUUAGACUAAGCAAUUUCGUGGUGGGUUUAGCCAACACGUUGGUGAUGUUAGUGGGCGUAUCAGCCAUAGGCUACUCCAUUUACAUGUUCGUUCACCAAGACGUGACCGACUGUGAAUCAGCGAUACGUGCACCAGUUCUCACGACCGGGAUCGUCCUCUUCUUGGUGUCUUUAAUCGGAGUGAUAGGAUCUUGCUUCAAGGAGAAUCUCGCCAUGGUCUCUUACCUGAUCAUAUUGUUUGCGGGCAUUGCUGCGUUGAUGGUUUUCUCGGUGUUUCUCUUCUUUGUGACUAACAAAGGAGCCGGUCAUGUGGUUUCUGGUCGAGGGUAUAGAGAGUACCGGACAGUGGAUUUCUCGACUUGGCUUAACAGCUUUGUUGGUGGGAAGAGAUGGGUUGGUAUAAGGUCUUGCUUGGCCGAGGCUAGCGUUUGUGAUGAUUUGAGUGAUGGUCGUGUUAGUCAGAUCGCUGAUGCGUUUUAUCACAAGAACUUGUCUCCCAUCCAGUCCGGUUGUUGUAAGCCACCGUCAGAUUGCAACUUUACGUUCAGAAACGCGACGUUUUGGACACCGCCGGCCAAAAACGAAACGGCGGUUGCAACCAACAACGGUGACUGCAGUACGUGGAGCAACGUGCAAACGGAGUUGUGCUUUAACUGCAACGCAUGCAAAGCGGGUGUGUUAGCGAACAUAAGAGAGAAGUGGAGGCAUCUUCUUGUUUUCAACAUCUGUCUCCUCAUUCUCCUAAUCACCGUCUAUUCUUGCGGUUGCUGUGCUCGUCGUAACAAUCAAACAGCUAAGAAAAGUGAUUACAGAACAAUGGAAGGUCAGCUAAGACAAUUACAAGACAUAUUCAACCGGUUCGACAUGGACGGAGAUGGAAGCCUAACCAUCUUAGAACUCGCGGCGCUUCUCAGGUCCCUUGGUCUGAAACCUACAGGCGACCAAAUCCACCUUUUGUUAGCAAGUAUGGACGCAAACGGCAAUGGUUUCGUCGAGUUUGACGAGCUUGUGGGCGCCAUUCUUCCUGACCUGAACGAAGAGGUCCUUAUCAACUCCGAGCAGUUAAUGAACAUUUUCAAAUCGUUUGACAGAGAUGGUAACGGAUUCAUCAGCGCGGCUGAAUUGGCUGGAGCCAUGGCUAAGAUGGGACAACCGUUGACGUACAGAGAACUAACGGAGAUGAUCCAAGAAGCUGACACAAACGGUGAUGGCGUUAUAAGCUUUGGUGAAUUUGCUUCAAUUAUGGCUAAAUCUGCUGUUGAAUAUUUCGGUUUAAAGAUUAAUUCAUGAUGAUCCAUUUUCUUUAUGUUUUUUUU